AUGGCCGACUUCUCGCUGUCCAACCUCACAGACUGCACUGUGUACAUUUGCGCUCCGCUGCGCGCUAUUAGAAUGUACAACCUGAAGAGCUGCAGCGUGUUCGUCGGACCGGUAGCAGGUUCCGCCCUCCUGUACGAUUGUCAAGGGUGCUCAUUUUCCAUCGCCUCCCAGCAGCUGCGCGUGCACAACACCACCGACAGUGACUUCUACCUCCUGGCGAGAAGCAAGCCAAUCAUCGAGAAUUGCGAUCGGGUGCGAUUCGCGCCAUACAACUUCAGCUACGCACAACUCGAGGAGCAAUUAGAGGAGUCGCUGGAUGUCCCAACCAACUUCUGGAACAGUGUCGAAGAUUUCAACUGGCCUCGGAUAGGUGAAGUAAGCCCCUACUGGUCCAUACUACCGGAGGAAGAACGAAGGGCAACAGUUACCCCUCCUUCACGACCCUCACCCGCUGUUUGA